AUGCAGACCACGGACCACACUUCUAGCAACGGCACUCGCCACAAGUCUUUAGUAAAUCAGCUUAGACUCAGACGACAACGCUCCUCAUUGGAUGUUCACGGAGUUGGUGGAGCAAGGACCUCGCAGACGAAUGGAGUGGUCAAUAUUACCCUCCAUUCCAAUUACAGACCGCUUGCGGUCACCGUGCACGCACACGUGCUCACGAAGGUAACCACUUGCUUGCCAUCAGAACCACCAGCUCGUCCAACGCUGCCAUCGCAUCUGGAGAAAAUGAACCUCGCAGAUCCUCAAUUUCUCACAUCCAGACCAGUGGACAUUCUCGGAGCAGACGCAUACGACGAGCAAGAGUGCGAAGAUCAUUUCAAGACCACGCAUUCAAGAGACUCCGCAGGAAGAUACAUCGUGCGAUUGCCGCUCAAACUCCACCCAAGAGCACUCGGCAAUUCAUAUCAGACGGCGCACAGCUGUCUUCAGCGGAUUCUCAGACGACUCAGCAAGGACGCUCAGUACAAACAGCUGUACACCAAGUUCAUGCUCGAAUACGAGCAACUUGGUCACAUGUUGGGCAGUACGACCACCGCAUUGCGUGUGGUUUUCAAUGGUUCCAGUCCAACUUCUUCAGGAUACUCGCUGAACGAUCUUCUACACACUGGUCCAAAUCUGAUGCUGAACAUUGCAGAUCUGCUCAUUUGGAUACGCAGAUACAAACAUCUGCUUGCAACCACCGUCACGAAGAUGUACCGGCAGAUCAAGGUACAUCCAGACGACUGGAGCUUGCAGCAGAUACUUUGGCUUGAUGACGCACAACAGGAAACGCAGUACCAGCUGACCACGGUCACGUACGGGACGAAAGCUGCUCCGUACUUGGCGGUUCGAACACUCCUGCAACUCGCUGAGGAUGAAGGGUCGAAAUAUCCCCUUGCUGUUGAACCCAUCAAAAACGGCAGGUAUGUCGAUGAUAUUUUUGGUGGUGCAGAUACAGCAGAGCAUCUACAGGACGUUGCAAAUCAGCUGACGCAACUCUGUCAAGCUGGUGGAUUUCCAUUGGCAAAGUGGCAUUCCACGAGCAAAUCGUUGCUAGAAGACCUCGCACCAGAUCAGAACAACGCUGCAAUUUCAUUCGACGACUGCGCAACCAAAAUUCUCGGAAUUAAAUGGAUUCCAUAUCAGGACACGCUGAACUUCUCGACCAUAUCAGCUACUCAACGCACGCAGUUCACGAAACGCCUCAUUCUCUCCGAAGAACUCGGUUGGGACGACAUUCUGCCUUCUCACAUCACUCAACGAUGGCUACUCAUCAGGGAAGAUCUAACCAGUCUGGCCAGACUUUCUAUCCCACGAUGGUUCAACACAACGACCACGUCUACAGUUGAACUUCACGGCUUCUCUGAUGCAUCAGUCCUCGCAAUGGCAGCCGUCGUCUAUCUCGUUGUCCACGCACCGUCCACGGGUACCCACACAUCUCUGAUCUGCUCGGAAAUGAGAGUGACACCACUCAAACGUCUGACCAUCCCGAGGUUGGAACUCACAGCAGUGCUGCUACUUUCGAAACUGAUGCGGCAUGUUCACGCUACUUUGAACUUGACCGUUUCUCAGACAUUUAUGUGGACGGACUCAGAAGUUACGCUGGCAUGGAUCAAGACUCACCCCUCCAAAUGGAAGGAUUGCGUACGCAACAGGGUAAUCCAGAUCCAGGAGAUCACGCAGAACUAUCACUGGAGUGAUGGAGGCAUAUUACUCAGAAUCACCGUUCUUUGCCUCAAAUUCGUGGACAAGCUGUGCAAACGACAGGACGCUUCGCCCACGCAUUUCAUCUCAGCAGCUGAUAUGGAGAGGGCCAGAAUCUAUUGGAUUCAGGCCACGCAGUCCACCUACUUCAAGGAGGAACUCGCUGCACUCGCCAAAAAAGUUACGCUGCCGUCAACGCAUCCAUUCACGAGGCUCACCGCUUACCUUGACCAUCAAGGGAUCGCCAGAGUAGGCGGACCCCUCCAACACUCAGAGCUUUCGCACGACGGCAAACAUCCUGUCAUUUUGCCUCGUGAUUCUAGAUUCUCAGCACUUCUCAUCGAACACGCACAUCGUCAGACCAUGCAUGGAGGUACGCAAUCCACCCUCGCUUUUCUCAGACAACGCUACUGGAUUCUCGGUGGACGAGCUCCAGUGAAGACGCAUAUCCUGCGGUGUGUGAAGUGUGCUCGGCAGAGGGGGAUCCGUGCCCAUCAACUGAUGGGCCUACUACCUCUUUGUCGAGUCACUCCAUCACGCCCGUUCACCCACACUGGGGUGGACUAUGCAGGACCGCUCACGCUGAAGACUUGGAAAGGCAGAGGAGCCAAGACGCAGAAAGGGUGGGUUUGUGUAUUCGUCUGCUUCGCAACAUCAGCUGUACACUUGGAAGUUGUCACCGAUUACUCAGCCGACGCAUUCAUCGCAGCUUAUCGCAGAUUCGCAGCAAGGAGAGGAACUGCAGCUUCUCUCUACUCAGAUUGCGGUACCAACUUCCAAGGAGCAGACGCCCAGUUGAAAAAGCAGUUCAAGGACAGCACACGCGAAAAUCAGGACCUCGCAGCUCUACUCGCCAAGGAUGGUACGCAGUGGCACUUCAACCCUCCUGCCGCUCCACACAUGGGUGGAAAAUGGGAGGUAGUUGUCAAGUCUCUCAAAUUCCAUCUGAAGAGGACGAUUGGAGAUGCUUUACUGACGUUCGAGGAAUCAAUAACAUUGCUCGCGCAGAUUGAAGCCAUCCUCAAUUCAAGACCGUUGGAACCACUCAGCGAUGAUCCAGACGACGUCUCAGCCCUCUCACCAGGGCACUUCCUGAUCGGAUCGCCGCUCAAUACAGUGCCAGAGCCCACGCUUCUCGACGUCUCAGUCAACCGACUGUCAAGGUGGCAAUUUCUGCAGCAGCGCCUCCAACAAUUUUGGAGACUCUGGUCCACGCAGUACUUGCAGCGACUCCAGGCCAUCUCUAAAUGGCAUCAUCCGUCCAACGAGAUCAAGGUAGGCUCUCUUGUUCUCAUUACUGAUGAACGCUUGCCCCCAGGGAAAUGGCCCAUGGCCAGGGUUCUCAGUCUGAUGCCAGGAAAGGAUGGACUGACCAGGGUCGUCCACCUCAAGACGGCCACCACGACGCUCACGCGGCCCAUCGCCAAGCUGGCUCUGCUUCAUCAGCCCUCUCAGGACAACGCGGACACGCAGACCACAUCAUCGACCAGUCGCUGA